CAGCUGCCCCGACGCCGCUUUUUGGCACUAGCAGUACUAACCAAACUGCUGGAACAGGUUUUGGUAGCAUUAAUACUGGACAAAAUACAGGAUUUGGAUCUACAUUUGGCUCCACACAACCUAAUCAGAGCAUUGGAUUGUUCAAUCAGAACAAGUCUGCUUUUAAUAUUCCAUCGACGUCGACUAGUACCGCCUUUACUGGUUUUGGUCAACCGGCUACAAAUACCACCACACCAUUAUUUGGUAACAAAACUACUACUACAGGAUUUGGAACAACAUCUACGUUUGGUGCAACUGCGCCUUCUACAUUCGGAACUAAUACAGGUUUCAAUUCUGGCACUAAUGCUGGGUCUUCAUUAUUCAACUCGUCUUUUAAACCGGCUGGACAAACAUCAGGGUUUUCAUUCGGAACUACACCUGCGUCUUCAAGUGGACUUG